CACGCACAAUCGUACGAGUGUUGUUUGUCGUUGUUUGAGUGCAAAUUCUAUGAUUUAGAGACAUAUAUUUACAGGUACCUCGAACACGAAGCCCAAGUUGACUCCAUUCUCACUCAGCCGCAUUAAAAUUAUUUCUUCUUCGACCCUCCAUCAGAGUCAAAUCAACGCCGAGCUGAGUUAUCUACGUCAAAAGAUCUUGUCACAGCUAUAGGGCUAGCAGACUGCAGCUCUCUUAUAAAUUCUCUACUUUCUCCCUAUUCUAUCCCUUUGUUAAACAGCCACUGGCUAAUAAUUAUACAGCAUUUGCACACCCGCACCGUUGAACGUCAAGAUGGCAUGGAUGAAAGGAUUGCUUACGAGGGCAGCAUCAUUGCAUGCUUCGCUAUCUCAGUAUUCUACUAACGGUGAGUUGUUUAAAGCUAUAGGGAUUAAGCAUACUGACUGUCCUCAUAGGGGUAUCUACAUAUGGAUGUUUGAAUGCAACAACACUUCCUCUAUUUCUAUCCGACGACAAUGUAUGUUCACUUGGUAUCGAACACCCUGAUUUAUAGCUAACAUACGCUAAGACGUUCUCCACAUACCCUUGGGGAAAUGCACAACCAGGACACAUACCACCUAAUACUGGAAAGACACGGUACUAUGAUCUCACAGUAUCUAGAUCCAUCAAAGCACCAGAUGGAUAUCACAAGAGUGUCAUCCUAAUAAAUGAUCAAUUUCCUGGACCACUCAUCGAAGCAAAUUGGGGAGAUGUAAUCAAUGUCAGGGUCACAAAUAAUAUUACUGACAACGGAAAAGAAGGAUUGAGUCUUCACUGGCAUGGUCAACCACAAAAACUCAGUCCUUGGGCUGAUGGUGUACCAUCGGUUACUCAAUGUCCCAUUGCACCCGGUACUAGUUUCACAUAUGAAUUUCGAGCCGAAUCUUUUGGCAGCAGCUGGUAUCACUCUCAUUUCAGUGCUCAGUAUAAUGAUGGUCUGUUUGGCCCCUUGGUUAUUUAUGGGUAAGAGACUGUCACUCACCAGUCACAUGUCUAAGUUGCCCGCUAAUUCUUUAUAGUCCCAACCAUGUUGAUCAUGAUAUCGACCUUGGUCCAGUCAUGUUGGUUAGUCAUUCUUUUUCUCACCGUUGCUAUAAUACUAAUAUCUGGCAGUCUGACUACAUUCACGAAUCCUAUCGUAGCAUGAUUGAAGGCGUGGCGGAGAAAGUUCCGAAUGGACCAGUCUUUCCAAACGUCGACAAUAACCUAAUCAACGGAAAGGGAAACUACAACUGUGACUCCACUAUGGGUGGUACCUGUACUUCAGGUGCUGGGUUGUCAAAAUUCAAAUUUGUGAAAGGCAAAAAGCACCGUCUCCGACUUAUCAACGCUGGCAGCGCAGGUACGCAAAAAUUCUCCAUUGAUGGACAUCAACUUCAGGUCACCGCGGUCGAUUAUGUUCCAAUCAUUCCUUAUACUACUGACGUGGUAACUCUUGCAAUUGGUCAAAGAGUAGAUGUAGUGGUAACGGCACCAGGAGAAUCGACUGAUGCUGUCUGGAUGCGAUCCGAUCUAGAUGUUCCAUGCAUGCAUCUAACCUGCACAAAUCCUCAUGGUCUGGCAGCAAUUUAUUAUGAAAACGCAAACACAACACUUGCCCCGACAACGACAGGUGUACCGUGGGACAGUAAUGAUUGUGCUAAUGUCAGCUUUAUCAUUUCACAUGUUGAUUAUUGGAUAUGCUGACAUCUUAUGCAGGACCCUUUGUAUCUAACCACGCCUUACACAGCGAUAAAACCGCCCGAUGCUCCAUCAAUCACGCAGCACAUGGAAAUCAAUGUUGGUGUAAACGGAUCCGGCAAUGCGCUCUUCACGGUGAAUAACUCCACAUUCCGAGCAAACUACAAGUAAGCUUAAUACUGUACCAUAUCUCCCCAUACGCAAACUAACCCCACCCAGUACACCCCUCCUCCUCCUCGCCAGCGAAGGAACCCCACUCUCCCCCCUCCCCCACGACUGGAACAUCUAUAACUUCUCCACGCACCCCUCCAUCCGCCUGCACAUCACCAAUCUCUGGGACACCCCACACCCCAUGCACCUCCACGGACACGAUUUCUUCGUACUAGCCGAAGGCCGCGGAACCUGGGACGGCAGCAUCACGAACCCGAGCAACCCUCUCCGUCGAGACACCCAACUCAUGCGUUCCGGCUCAGCCUCCAAUCCCAGUUUCAUAGUCCUCGAAUUCGUGGCUGAUAAUCCUGGUGUUUGGCCUUUUCAUUGUCAUACGAGUUCGCAUGUUAGUGCGGGGUUAUUGGUUAAUAUUUUUGAAAGGCCCGAUUUAGUGGCCGAGGGGAGGGAUCAGAGGGGGAUGAUUCCGCAGGUCGUGAGGGAGACUUGUGAGGGGUGGAAUGCGUAUACGGAUGCUGGGGGGGAGGUGGAUGAGAUUGAUUCUGGGCUUCGUAGGUGAGGUUUUGGAUUUGGAUUUGGAUGAGGCUACCAGCUUUGUUUGGGGUUUGGCAUAUGGGAUAUGGAGUAUGGGGGAGACUAAGGGAUAAUUAAGUUUUACUUUUGCAAUAAUUAGAGGGAUGUUGUUUGUGGCGCAUAGGUUUCUUUUGUGUGGUUAUUUUCAUCAUUGGGAAAGGGGAGGGGGGGCUUUCAUGAUGAUAAUGGUGGAGAGUUAUGGUGGAUUAAUGGAAAUAGAUUGCACA